CUUGAGUUCAGCGGCUAGGUACGCAGUUGGCAGAAGCAGAACUGCAAGCGUUCUUGGUUGGAAACCUUGCUGAGAUGUGCACCCGUGAACACGCACCUGUCCACAGAAUGGGUGGCUGACCACACUGCCUAGCCACAGAAUGGGUGGCUGACCUACACUGACCCACCAACCUAGUGGCCUCGCUAUGAGGAGGAACAUUUGGUCUAGGAAGACGGGCCAGGCGCCUGGCCGUUCCUCUACCCGCCUGUGGACUGCCUGCCUGGGCUUUGGAUGUGCUGGUGGUGAUAGCCCGCCAGUGCCCAGAUACCUCAGCGGGUACUGCGCGGUAGGGCAGAUCCAUCAGGCUGCGAGUGUCGGCGCUGUAGAUACUGUGGAGCGUUUCCUCACAAACGGGGUAAACGGUGUGAAUGACACAGACAAGAAGAACAGAACUGCACUGCACUAUGCGUGUGCACAUGGCCAGCUGGGGGUGGUAACUCUUCUAAUAGAAUGGAACUGUGACAUUAAUGCCUGUGAUGAUGACAACUGCACACCUCUAAUUAAGGCCUCACAGCACCAGCAUGAAGAAUGUGUGGUUCUCUUACUGCAGCAGGGUGCGGAAGCGAACGCUGUGGAUGCUCGUGGGAACACUGCCCUCCACUAUGCAGUGCACAAUGAAAACACAGCCAUAGCCUCCCAGCUCCUUGAACAUGGUGCAAACAUCGAAGCUAAAACAAAGGAUGGCUUCACACCACUUUUACUUGCUCUACAGCAAAACAAAGACCAGAUUGUAGAACUCUUAAUAGAGAAGGGUGCAAACAUACACACGAUGUUUCACCGGACAGCAGAUCAAUACCCAAGAGACAGAAAAACUCAAUGUGUAAAAAGUCCACACGGAACCCUGCAGGAUGAAGUUGCUUUAAGAACCAUUACUCUAUGGCAAAAAACAUUUCAAACCAGGAAAACAAACCUUCCACAUGGUCAUCAGCAAAAGACAUCUCAUAAACAAAAGGGGAAGAAAAAAUGUGACAGAGGACACACACAUGCACAUUCAGGAUGUCUUACUAUGGAAACAGAUAAGGAAGCCCAGCAAAGAGAGCAACUUAACAAAGUCCUGAAAACCAAAUUCCAGACAUCUUCUGAAUCUUUUGAGAAAACACCACCACUUGGCAUUUUUAAGGCCGAAGAGGAGAGGAAUUACGGACUCCAGGAACCUGAAGUCACACUUGAGAGCUCUAAUGACAGAACGGCUUGUGCUGUUGCUUCGGCUGGUGGUGACGCCGCUUCAGGUUCCACUUCCACUUCGAAGGCCGUUUCUGCUUCCACUUCUAAUGCUUCAGCGGCUGCUGCACCUGCUUCUGCUGCUCUGGCUGCUGCAGCUGUUGUGGACUUCUCCAACGCUACUGUUAAUGCUGCGGUCGCUGCUGUUACUGCUACUACUGACCACAAAGGCAUUGAACCAAUUCUGCAAAGGCACAGUGGUACUGUUAGCAAAAAGGGUUUUGCUCUUGCAGGAAAAGAAGAACACAAUAAGUCUCCCUUAAAACAAAACAAGAAGAGAGUAAAUGAUGGUUGUUUUUAUGGAAAAUUGAAAACUGAGUUCAGAGGUGGGGAAAGGCAGUAUCAUGAAGAAUUUGGAAGGCAGCUAUGGUCAUCACUAUACCAUCGAUGUUAUAAUGAAGAAGUCGGUCAACAUGAAAUGUUCCUAGAGAAUCUAAAUAUGAACUCAAAGGCUUUAAAAAACAGCGUGACACAGGAAGCACAGUUGCAGGAAGAGCGACAGCGAGAAGGCAUCCUGAAUUCUUCAAGAGUGGAACAUCAGCUGUGGAAGCUAGAAGUUGAAUGUUUCAAGUUAGAAGACUCAGUAAAGAACCAAGCAGAAGAAAUUGAAGAGAUUGAGAAUCAACUAUUAAGAGAAGAUUUGAUUGGAAACAAAAAGAAACAACAAAAUAAACUUAUCCAGUCGACGCAAUCUCUGGCAUGUACUUUGGACCAAGAGAAGGAGAAAACGGAAGAAUUAGAAAAGGAAUUACAAGGAUUUAUGGAAGUCUUAAAAGUAAUAAGAAAAAAGUUAAAUGAGUGUGAAAAUAGAGAAUUACAUUUCUAUGAAGAUAUGAAAAGCAGAACAUUUGAAAUGCUAAGACAUGAGAUCAAUUAUCUUAAAGAAACAUGGGGCCCAAUACAUUGCAGAUAUCUACAACAAGAUAUAAACAUUCAAUUGACUGAGCAAGAAUUGUUGAAAAUAAAAACAGACCAGGAUAAUUAUGAACACACACACAAGACUCAACAAAAUGUGGAAAAAGAAGUACUAACCCUCAAAAGUCUGAUUAAAGAGACCAUGACACAAACAGAAGAGGAAAAAAAAUUAGAGAAAUUAAGAGAGAACAACAAUGGUUCAAGAAUGAGUCAAAUGGUACUCAGAAUAAAAAACUUGGAAUCAAAGAUCCCUGAGAUAAAAAAUCAAGUAGAUUCUACUAGAAGAGAAAUGGAAAAAUGUAAACAACUUUAUGCAGAAGAAAUUAAAACUAGAAAAUCACUUUCUAAUACGCUAAGAAAGACAAUGGGAAGGCUAGAGGUUUCUACAGCAAAGCUGAUGUGGGCGAAUCAGCGGAAGAUAACUGUGGGAACGGUUCUGAGUUCCCUGCCUGUUCAAAAGUUCCCUCAUGUUGCCAAAGCUAAUCCUGCUGUGGGCCACAGCCCCAGUUUUCCUCUAAGAGAUGCCUCAUUUCUUCUUACCUUCGAGCCUCAGCCUGUUUGUGCGAGUGUAAGGAAGGACCUGUCCAAGAGGCGGAUGAGGUUGGUAAAGCACAUAGCCAGAGAAGCAGAAGAAGUUUCUGCUCCACUUGAUUCUUGGUCCUUUGAAGCUUCUCCAUUGAGACCCACCGAUACAUCAAGUUACAACCUAUCUCAAGAAGAAUAAAAAAAUUAAAGAAAAAUAUCUUUCUGAAUGAUAGCAUUUUAUUUAUUGAACUAUUUGGCCCUUUUUCAGGGCCAGUCACUUCAGUCUAGGCUGUGAAACAGAAGAAUAUCCAUUCAUUUUACAUACAGAGACAAAAUGACUGUGCCAAGGAUUAAGGGACUGCCGAUAUCUCUGUAUUGCAUUGUUUUCAGCAACACUUAGGAAUGACAUGGAGUCAGCUUCAACACUGGACAAGAGGAUGACAUAUUAUGCUUUUGGUUGUGGUCUUUCUGGAACAGCUUGGCAUCAACUCUGUUUUCCAUGACAGAUUUCCCACCACAUAGGCAAGGCAAAGAACUCAGUCAACUUGCCAAAGCUGUCAGCGUUAAACUGUCAGGAAAUGUCUUGGUCACCAAUAAUCUCUACCUGCCGUAUUGUUGUCUCCAUCACAGGGACCACUAGGUGUUGAAUGUCAGUGUUCUCAGUAAUUCUCUUCUUAGGUUUUCUGUGUCUCAAGCUCAUUUUUGAUGCUUUCUCUGCUUCAGGAGUAACGAUAUCAAAAGACCUAUGGUGAUUGAGACUGGAUCACCUGGAGGUCAGCUGCUAUUUGAAUCAUUGGUGAGUUUACAGCUAUAAGGGGGUGUUUUCUGAGGAGGAGGCCUUCAUUUCAAGCUGUAGAAUGCCAAGGGUUC